UGUAAAUAAAUAAAAUCCUGGAAUUUCACUUCUAUUGCACUUGUUCUGUGAUAUCAAAAUAAAUUGCUUCCGAGCAAAAUAAUGCAUAAUAGUUAAAAGAAAUAAUUGAUUCGGAAUUAUCAGUCUUUGAAAAGUAACCAUGGAACUAUUCAUUUUCAGUUCAUUUCCUGAAACCAUUCACAGGAGCAAUUAAAUAAAAAUGGGCCAGGUUUUAAAAAAGAUCAAAGAGCAUGAAAAUAGCAUCAAUGAAGACAAUUGCUCAAUUGGAUUUCCUGAUCUUGCUGCACUCCCACCCGAAAUAAGCCUCUGUGUAUUGUCUCAUUUAAAUGCUACUGACUUAUGUCUGGCAGCUUGUGUUUGGGGAGAGCUUGCCCAAGAUCAAAUUUUAUGGCAGAGCUUAUGCAGAAGUCAGUGGGGUUAUGCUUCAAUUUACUCAAAGCAGAAAUCAUCCUGUCAUUUUUCAUAUCAUCAUUUGUAUUUGCAGUUGGAUGAAGGGACAGUUACAUUUAAUGCUGAUGCUUUUAUGGGCAUGGAUUAUUUUAUUAAGCAUCAGUUAAUUGACGAUAAUCCAAAAGAAAUUGCGCAUUUUAUUUACAGCACACGUACAUUGAACGUUAGGCAAAAACGACUUUACUUAAAUAGUAGGAGAGAUGUGUUGAGUCAUCUUAUUGGUAUGCACAAUUUUACUAAUCAGUUUCUACCUCAUGCUCUAAGGAGGUUCUUUGAAUCCUUGCAAGCUCCAAAUGAGCUUGAUAAUUAUCUGCAUUUCUUAUUAGAAAAGUUUUCUGCCAGAUUUUGCCAAUGUAAUCCCAAAUUGCAGUUGAGUUCAGAUAUGGUCUAUAUACUGUGUUUUUCUCUGAUAAUGCUGUCUGUUGAUUUAACAAGUCCACAUAUCAAGAAUAAGAUGUCAAAACGUGAAUUUAUUCGUAAUGUCCGUUAUGCUAUUCAUAGGGCAGAUGAUGAAUUGUUUGGGCACAUGUAUGAUGACGUUUAUCUAAGGGGACAUAUUGCUCCGAAUUCGAGUGAUUAAUAUUCAUUCUUGUUUCUUGUUUAUGUCUCAUGUACCAUAAAUCAUCUACUAGUCUGUAUUAUAAAAACGCUUUUUGUUAUUGCAUAGAAAUUUAAUAUUUUUUAAUUUGCUUUUUGCAAAUGAUAUAUUUUGUGUGCUAUGUACACUAUGUGAACGAUAUUAUUGUGUUGUGCAAUUCAAAGUAAUUGGUUGUAGAAUUAUAUUGAGCUGGAUACAAAACCUUUGUGCAUUAGCAAUUUAUAUAAAAUUUCUAAAAGAAGCUGUUUCAAUUCACAUUCAUGGAAGUUUAUUUAAAAUUCCUGUCUUUAUUUCCUCAUUCUAAAAUGUGUGUUUUAAAAAUAGAAUUAAUACAGGGAAGCAUACCUGAAAUAUUUCUAUAUUUUUAUUACUUUAUAAAGAUAAUUUUUCAAUGAAAUUAAGAUGUAUUAAAAUAUGUAAGCAUAAAAUGAGCAUGACUUGUAAUAGUUGUUGAUAUGUCCUUAAGUUUUCUCAUAUUAUAGUGUGCAACAGUUUUACUUCUAUUCUUGAUCAUCCUUGUAAUUCCCAUAUUGCUAAUUCCAUCUAAUACAGAAGCAUCAUGUUAUUAGUACAAAUUCUAAGUGUUUUAUAGUACAAAAUUUACUAAGUGUCUUUUUAAAUAUGAUGUUGAAUGAUAGAGCUAAACUGUGAACAAUAUUUAGGCAAUGUAUGAUUGACAAAAAAAAUUUGAGGGAAAAAAAAACGCAAUCAAUAGAUUUUGAAUGUUUUUUAUGGAUCUAUAUUGAAAAUUUUAUUCCUUCCUCUUGUGAAAUAAUUUUUUAAAAUUUCCCUUAAAUGUAACAUGUUAAAUGUGUUGCAGUAAAAAUGCCUUCUUCAUAAACCUCUUGUCUCUUGUAAAUAGUAUUGAUGUGAUGCACAGAAGAGCAAAAUUAAUUCUAGAAAGCCAUUUUUAAAAAUGUUUAAUUUCCCAACGAAUGCCACUUAAAAAAAUGGCUUGAUUUUUUUUAACAUAAUGAUGUAUGACAACUCUUGUUUCAAGACACAAUCGAAAGUAUUGUAUCUUUCGCGUGUCUGUGUUUUCGUGUUAAUGCCAAAUUAUUAUAGAAGAAUUAACGGUUAUGUAUAUAUUUUGUAUUCUGCUUCAUGAAUGUUUCAGUAAUUUGUAAUUUUCGAAGCAAAUGCACACUCUAUUUUAGACAUUAUUAAAUACUUUUUAAUUUAUCUUCAUAGUAAUUAUUGUUAAACAUAUUUAAUUGUCUAUGUAGUGUGGAGGUGGACCUUACUUAUUUGAAACAAGUAUAAAGUUUACUUGUUAUAAUGGGAAUGAAAUUUUUUUGAAGUGUAUUGUAUAAUCAAGUAUUUCGUAGGAAAAUUUUAAAAUUAGAUUUUAAAUAUAGAUUUUCAUAUUUUAAAUACUAUCUGCUCCGCUUGCUUGUAGUAUUUACUGCAAUUUAGUUAUAUCUUGUAAACUAUUUCCUGUGUCAUCAAUUUUUUUAUUUAUGACUUAAGAUUAAUUUAAGAUUAAAUUUUUUAGAGCUGUGUUUGGAUAUUAAGUUUAUAUUUAAUUUUAUUGUGAGUCAAACAUUUUAAAUUUUCUGGAAGAAUUUAAUUUUGAAUGUUAAUGCUACAUGUUAAAAAUAUUAUUUUAAACUGAUGAAUAUUUUAUUUCAAACUUAAUAUUGCAUUUCCUUUCUGAAACUGCAAACAAAGUGUUAAUUCAUAUUUAAGGAAUAAGGUUGAAAAGAUUUAAUGAGAACACCAAGAACAAAUUAAAUGAUGCUGGUGCUCAUUUAUAUGAUGAUUUUGAAGCUUUAUGUUUUCGUGAUACUCAUAAAAAUUUCUUUUAAAAUAAUACUAUUAUUUUUUCAAAAAGAAACGUUUUUCAAUUUUUUUAUUGAAUUUUCGUUUAUUUAACUACUUAAAGGCUUUUCUCAUAUGCCAUACAUCCAUCGGAUUGUCGCAUUUCUUUGCAUGUGAUAUUAUUCGAUAUAAAAAAAGUACGUGAAUUUUACAGACAACACAAGAGUUAUGGGACUUCUAUAGUCAAUUAAAACUCAAUCCGAAAACAGAAGGUUUACACUGCUGUACGAAUGCUAAGGAUGGAGCACGAAUUGUAAUAUAGCACAACACUAAGGGGCGCAAGUUCAGCAGGAUAAAAUAUUAUUGUUACACUGGACAUUAGGCUUUUUAAGUACAGAAGUUUUUGAAGAGAAAAGUUUUCAUUUGAGGCUAAGUGCGGAGAAAUGGGAAAAUGUACAUGAAAGAUAAAAAGUACAUUUGAAAAAGGCGUCAGUACGGAAUAUAUCCACCAUGGAGUGCGAUGCAACAUUGCGAACGUUGUGUUAUGCUUUGUCCAAAUUUAUCCCUCCGUUACUCUUGUUUAUUGGAGGAAAUUUCGAUCAGAAAAUCUCCUCCUCAUAGCAUCCCAAACAUUUUCAUUUGGUUUUAGAUGUUUAGAAAUUUCUGAUCAUAUUAAGUAUCAAAUAUCCUUGUUGUCUAGAUAAUCUUAAAAUGCGAAUUUUCGAUGACAUGGCGUUUUGCCGUUUUUAACUCCAACGAGGGAACCGUUGUCACAUUACUACGGAAGAGGAAUAUGAGGCAGAAGAAGUUUAUCGUUGUUGUAAUUCUAGUUUCAACCACAAUGGACUUGCAACCAUUGAUUGAUCUUGAUGCCGGCAUAUAACAUGAUACUGCUUGCCAGAUAUAAUUUUUUCCUUGCGUAUUUUCUGGACGAUAAACAUUACCACAUUUACGCAGAGCAGAUGACGCCUACAGCUUGAUGACCGAUAGAGCCUACUUUCAUCGGAGAAAAGUACACGAGCUGUUGGUUCAAGCUGUUCGAUAUUGUCAGGACUAUGACACACACAGAACAGGUAUGCAGGUGUAUAGUUUUCCUUCUGCCCAAACAUUUGGUUACGUAUUUUCGACAAAUCUGCUAUCCUCUGUUUGCAAGAAACUCAUUUGGCACUUGCUGAACUUGGUUGUGAUCUUUCUCUUUAGCUGAUAUUACAAAAUACCUACUUUUUCUCACUGUCUCCUCUUUGAUUUCUAUACAUUCCAUUUGUUUUAAGUGCUUUCUCCUGCCUUGAUCAACGCUGUGAACGAUAUUGAAUGCCCUAUCAAUGUCUAUUAUCUUCCUUCGGUCAUUCCAAUAAUAUUACCAAGAGUAAAAUCUUCUAAGUCAUAUUUAGAUGAUUUUAAUGUAUCGAAAGUUUAAAGUUGAAUCCAUGCGUGAAAUCCUUUAAAUCUAUUAUCAAUGUUAUCACAUGCGGAACACAUGUGGAGAAGAAGAUUUGUUUAGAACUCUUUUUACUCUCCUCACAAAUAUUCUAAUUUUAGCAAUUUUGCUUUCUUUUUUGCAGUUACUAUGGUUGAUAGUGUCAUCCGUUCUUGGCAGUUGCUCAGCAGUGUAACAGUAGAUAUUAAAGAAAAUAGAACAGUUAAGUGGUUAAAAUUAACAUAAGAAUAAAAUGAAGUAACGAAAAUAAAGACUUCCUUCCUUGUAAAAUUUUGACAUUAAUCGCAAUGUUUCUGCUUUUAGUUUUUACUUCUCUGUUUUGAAAUUUAUUUUAAUAGAAAGCAGAAUGAUGCAAUUUAUAAUCUUUCAUAGAUUAAAAAGCAGAGUAUUAUUGAUAAAAUUAAUUUUCCUGUAUUCAGAGAAUUAAAUACUAGUGCCAUAUUAAUCACUGAAUUCAUUAGUGUGCUUUGUGAUAGAUACAUUUUAUGUAAAAAGGUUCUAUUAUAGAAAUACAGUAAAAAGACUAACUGUGUAUUAGUAAAAUACUGACAAAAUUAAGAAGCUUUAAAAGUAUUUUAGUUUAUUAAAUUAACUCUUGAAAGUCAAAUUUUACAGUAUAAUAGUAGUUUGUGGAUUGUUUUAGCUAAAUCAGAUGGAUAAAAAUUAUGUUCAUAUAUUAAAAACACUUAGUAGGUGUAUGGCAUUUAAAGAUAAGCAUAAUGAUUGGUGUAUGGUGUCUUUUCAAGCCAUAUAUAAGUGAACGAAAUUCUUUUGCUGCUUUUCAAUUUAAAUAAUAUCUCAAAUGAAUGACUGGUUUUAUAAUAUCCUACUCAUUUCAAAUGAUUGAAGUUUUGUUUUGUAAUAUUUUAUUAUGUAUAUAAUUUUUGUUACAUUUGUUAAGUUUUUAAAUUUUAUUUUUACCAUGUAUUAAAUGCUCAUUUAAAUAAUUCAGGAACAAGGAUAUAGAAUAAUUAACCGUGUAAAAAUAUUUUAAACAUAUUUUAAUAAAAAAAAAUGAGAUUUUCUUUUUAUCUAUUGACUUAGCUGCUUAUUUCAACUUUUCAAAGAUGAGAAGCAUUCUGAAAUUUCAUCAGACAUUCGAGAAUUUAUUAAUAUUUAGAUUCUUCUCGGCAAUUGACAAAUCUCUUGAUAUUUUAAUCUAGAUUAUAGUUCGAUUAUGAGCUGUAAUUUUGAAAAAGAACUUUCUGAAGCUGUUUAUGAAAAAGAAAAGCUAGAGCGUUUCUUCAUUUACAUUUCCUUGUCUUUUUUAAGUAAAUGUACUACAAAAAAUGCAUAAUCUUAAGAAAACCUAGGAUGUAUUUUACAAAAUAAAAUAUGUUGUAUGAUAGCCGUUUACUUUAGGAUUGAUAAAAAUAUUUUCAACUGUUAUAUCUCAUAUUCUAUUAUUCUUCAUGCACAGUGUUUCGAAUAUUGCUCGUAAAAAAUUUUUAACUGUGGAAUUCAAUUUUCGGUAAAUAUUUGUUACGAAAUAAGCAACCGCAGAACAGUUUGUUUUUAAAAAUGAAGAGGAAUCUAAAUUUAAGAAUAAUCAUUCAGACACGUUUUGACUGAGUCAUAUUGUAGCUUUCUUAUAGUUCACACUAUAAAAAAGCCAUUGUUAUUGUUAGUCAUUACUAAAUAAAUAUUUUGUGCAUAUUUAUUUAGUAAUGGUAUAAAUUUAUUUUUUUUCUCUUGUUCUAUAAAAGAACAAAGUUUGCAGCUGAGUAAAUAAAAUCAGAACAAUUAAUAAAUAAUAAAUUGAUUAUCUCAUAUUCAGUGCUUAAUUUUAAUAAAUAUCUGAAUGUAAUGUAUUUCAGAAUCUGUAUUAAAAAUUGAAAAAUCCUUUCCGAAACUUUGUUCUAAGUUAAUAAUCUUUUAGAAUUAUUAUUUAAUAAAACUUAUUCUUAAUUCAGGAUUUAAAUUGUUACAAAAAAAUUGCUUAGCUAUAGCAUAUGUUUUUGCGAAUUAUUAAUAAAAUUUGUAUUAGCGCAAUUUAUAUAUCUAUUAUAUGAGAUCAAAUUUAAAAAAAUCCUGUUUAAAUUUUUGUGCAUCGGUGAAAAUAUUGUAGUUUUAAAUAAGCAUUACUUAUUUCAAAAUGCUAUUUUUAAUAUUGUUGUUUCAAACUGAUGAUUCAUUUCUUUUAGUUGGAAAAUAAUAUAAAGUUUAAGAAUUGAAAAGAGAUCAUGAUUAUUGUGUAAAUAUCUUGUAUCAUUUAUUAAAAUAUUAUGAGUUGGAAGCAUUUUAAUGCAUUUUAGCUUUUAAAACUAUUUUCACUAGUCAAUAUUUUUUUUAAGGAAUUUGUUACGUCAGCCUAAGAAUAAUUGUGAAUUCUCAUUAGCUUAUAUUACCAGUUUCUUUCAAUUAUUUAUAAUUGAGAUUUGAAAAAAUUUGUUAUGGCAAUGUAAUUUAUAAAUGUCAGUUUCUUUUUCAUUUCUUUUGGAUACUGUAGAAUCUGUUCAUUUUCAAAUUGACGAGCUGAAAAAAUUUUCCCAUAUGUAAUUUUAUCUGCACAUGUCUCUCUAUGAAAAAAAGUUAUAUAUGUUUUAAAAUAUGUUGAAUAAUAAAGACUAAUUCAGUUAUCUGAAUUAGACUGGUCUUAAUUCUAUACGGCGAACAGUUUUUACCACCAGCAAUUAAUAUGCAAAAAAUAUUUAAUGUAUGAUGUUUAUCUUAAAAUUUUGAAUAGUUAGUUUUCAUUAUUAUUUUAUUUCCUCUAAUGUUAUUACUGUCUUGGGGAUUAUCAGCCACAAAUUCAUUUAGACUGAAUUUUUUAAUUUCAAAAAUCAUUUUAGAGAUGUGGAUGUUUUAUUAUUUGUCAUGCCUUCAAGUGGACAUGGUUGCUUUUCAUUAAUUUUAAUCUUUUCUUUUGUAAAAUAUCUCGCAUUUCCCCGCUUUAGUGUAUUUCGACUUCUGCCAGUAUUCUAUAUGUAACUGUUAAAUCAGAAGUUUUUGAAUAAAAUACUAAUAUAUAUUAUUUAAGAAUUAUAUCUGAGAAACAUGAAUACUAAUUUUCUAAUUGACAUUUUGAAUCAAACAUUUUUCUGAGGAGAGUUUACUCAAAAGUUUGAUGUAAUCAUAAAUAAGAUUUUGGAAAAUGUAAAAUUAUGAUAAAAUCUUGAAAUUAACCUUCGUGAUGGAUAAACUAAACAACAUUUUUUUGUUAUACAGAUAUUAUGCUUCAAAAAACAUACAAACUUAAAUAUCAAUUUUUUUUUAUUGCCAAAAUAUAGAAUUAUACAUGUUAUGGUAACUUAGUUUUUGUUUAUCAUUGUAAUGCCCAGUUAGCAAGCUUUAUAAUGUAUGUUACUUGGAACAUAUUCAACAAUAUAAUUUAUAUGAUUAAGAAAUGUAUUAAUUUUUUUUCAAAGAAAAUUUUUGAAUUUUAAUUUUCUGUUCCAUUUCUGAAUGAAAAACUAGUCACUUUGUUUUAAAGAAUGAAUUACAAUAAUUUGAAUUCUUUAGGAUUUU